CUAAUAUCCCCCUCUGCGUGACACGAAGUUUCAAGACAUUGCCGCCAAAAUCCGGCAGGCGUGAUUCCACAUAACGUUAACGGCCGAAGCCUCGAGCGGAAUGAGACACGCAUCGCACGUCGGUCGAUAUAUACCGUGAUGAAGUACACAUGAUCAUUGAUGUAAUGAACGAGACUUUUGACACCGCAGCCGAAGAAGCGCGAGGUGAGUUGCGUUAAAUUUUUACAAAAUAUCCGAAGCUUGUAAGGGUCGGGGCAAUGGAAAUCGAAACAACCACAAACAUAGUCCUCUCUACUAGAGAUCGAAAGAUGAUAAAUUUGACAACAUUGUCAUCAGUUCUACAAAACUAAUGUUAUGUCGCGCAAGAUAUCUGCCGCAGUUGUACUAUCAACAGAAGUAAGUUCCAACAAUUUAAUACCAAUUAUAUAACAAAUAAUGGCAACCGGAAACGAACUCGCCGCCUUGCGCCGACGCUGAGGUAAUUGCACCGGUUAUUUUACACGAUUAUCAAAAAGACUUGACGAAAUCGAACAAUCCGGUUCUCCGCGACAGAACGAAUUACUUCAAAUUAAAAAUCGUCUGGAAAGAUAUGAGACGGAAUUCCGUGCUAUUUAAAACGAGACUAUAACUAUAGAUGAGAGAGAAAUCGCUCGCGGCUUUGAAAUAGCUGACGAGUAUGACAAAAUGGAACUCCGACUACUCAAUCAACUAGACAACAUACGACUAGCCACGCCGUUGAAAUCUACAAACGGCGAAUCAACCGCCGGUAGCGAGUUCGCACCUCUUAAAUUAACGGAGAUUCGGAUACCUACCUUUGAUGGUACCCUCGACAAUUGGCAAUCAUUUUACGACUCCUUCUCGUCAACGAUAGAUCGGAAUGAACAACUGACACCAUUCCAAAAAUUCUAUCAUCUCCAAACCUUCCAGUCGUAGGACGUCACGGAGUCUAAUUACUCCAUCGCCAUAAACCUUUUGCGAGACAAAUUUGACUGCCAUCGUCAAAUAUGCGCGCGUCACUGGCAUGCACUCCUCUAUUAUCCCAAGAUGGCGACAGAAACGCUCGAAUCCGUAGAAGACCUCGUCGAAACGUUCAAAAUAAAUUUGAAGGCGUUAGAGAAAUUAGGCGAUCCGCUGACGUCGAAUAUCGCGAUAUGGGACCCGAUUACCUCAAAACUGCGUCCGCCAAUGGCAUCGCACGUUGCCAAACAAAAUAGUGCUCAGUUAUACACAUUUAUUCGACUUCCUCCAAACAAGGGCAAACGGCGAUCAGAAGAGCGUUCCAACACCAAUGACAAAAAAGGAUUCCUACCAACACUCCCAUCAUCGUCGGAACGUGCCACGAGGACAUACGUUCUCUACCACACACAGGACGAUGGUGUGUCCAACAUGCCAAGGACCCCACGAAAUAAAACAUUGCAAAAUCAUCAAAGCAAAAUCGGCAACAAAAUGAUUUGAACUUGUAAAAAGGGCAUCACUCUGCACGAAUUGCCUAGGCAGAGGCCAUUCUCUUACCCAAUGUUCCGCGGGUUCGUGUCACACAUGUGGACAACGACACCACACAUGUCUACACUGAGAAUCAACCCAUGUCAGUUCGCGAGUAUCAAGCGUCCGAUCAUCGGAGCGAUUAGUCGUCAAGCGGUUGACCAUCGAGCUGUCGCUCGUCGAACGAACGAUCCUGUAGCAGACGAUCAUCACCUGGAUCGCCGACACCGAGUUCGUCGCAUCGUUCGAAACGUACCACAGAAUCUUUGCGCAAAUUUCCUCCAUCAACUCCAAACAAUAGUAAAUCCCUUCCUUAACACGAAUCUCGGUCAUCGCGGACCAAAUGCACCGGAUCAAACUCAACGUCCAAUCCUACAUGAUCAGAAGAAAAAUGAUUAGAAGAAACAAUCACAGCAAAAGGGAUCGGAUUAACAAACACAUCUCCACACGAUCCCCUGCAUCAUGAUCUGUUGGCCACGGCACAGAUCAAUAUUUUAAAUAAUCGGGCACGACCAAUCCGAACCCGAGCUAUGCUAGACACUGGAUCUAGUAUGAGCUUCAUGACCGAAAAGCUCGCAAACUCCCUCGGUAUGAAGCAAAGGAGAUGUGCGAUCCCAAUCAGUGACAACCUAACCACUACCGCAAAGCGAUACGCCACGGCCAAUAUAACUUUUACGGACAAGAUAUAUAAGCAAGCGUUAAAGUUCCUCAUUGUCCCGACCAGAUCGACCUUAAUCCCAAGUGAACUCAUCGAUCGCUCGAGACUGGCCAUACACAGGAAUCUCAAAUUAGCAGAUCCACGAUUCCAUUCACCAGCCCCGAUCGAUGUCUUACUUAGCUCAGGUUCAACACUUGCGUCGAUGUGCAUCGCACAAAUCAAUUUGACACAGUCGGACGAGCCUGAACUGCGUUUGCAAAAAACACGAUUCCGUUGGGUAAUCGGCGGGAGUCCAACGUCCCAAACCACGACAAACACGUUCCACGCAACUACUACGGCUUUGCAAACGAAUCCUGCGCGGUUUUGGGAAAUUGACGAGGGACCGUCCACCACACAUCUUUCAGAAUCUGAGCGACAAUGUGAGGAGCAUUUCCGAACCCAUGUCCAACGAACCAAAGAAGGCCGAUACAUCGUAGCACUACCAUUCAACGAAAAGAUUCCUUCACUAGGGUCAUCGAAGACCGCUGCGAUGAGCAGGCUUGCUCCUCUGCAUCGCCGAUUUCAACGCGAUAAACAAUAUGAAACCACGUAUAGUGCAGAGAUUCAAGAAUAUUUAGACUUGGGUCACAUGACGAAGAUCACGACUGAUCGCUCCUCAAGUAACUGGUAUUAUUUACCGCAUCACGGCGUGCUCAAGGAAUCGAGCAACACUACCAAACUUCGGGUUUUAUUCGACGGAUCGGCAUCCAGCACCACCGGAGUUUCUCUCAACAAUACUCUUCAUACAGGACCGAAGUUACAAGAGAACUUGUUCGACAUUCUAUUGAGAUUCUGCUCACAUCAAUAUGUCCUAACCAGCGAUAUUCAGAAGUAGUAUCGGAAAAUCCUAGUACGCCCAGAAGACCGCAAAUACUAGCUAAUUCUAUGGCGUAAUUCCAACGGGGAGGUCGAAACAUAUCAACUCAACACUGCGAAGUUCGGACUCUCAGCAGCCUCAUACUUAGUCCUGAGGUGCCUAAAACAGUUGGCAAAUGGCGAGGGACAUCGAUUCCCGCGAGCGGCAUCAGCUUUACAGCACGACUUCUAUGUCGAUGACGCUCUCACCGGAGCUGAUGCGAAAGAAUUGGUAUUAUCAACCAGACAAGAACUUACUGAACUUCUCUAAUCGGCCGGCUUAAACAUCCGAGAAUGGGCCUCCAAUGACAAGGACAUACUUCGAGGGCUAUCUAAAAAGGACAAAAACCGAAUAUUACAAUUGGGUGAGUCUCAAACUCUAAAAACACCUGGCAUUUUUUGGGAUUCCCAUGAUGAUGCAAUCUUUUACUCGGUCGAGGCCACAGCUACCACCUCCUGUGUUACAAAACGAUCAAUUAGUUCUGUGAUUGCCAGAAUCUAUGAUCCACAAGGAUUGCUCGCGCCAGUGAUUGUUAGAGCAAAAAUUAUAUUGCAACGGGUCGGGGCAUUGAAGAUCGACUGGGAUGAGUUCCUUCCAGCAGAUUUGCAUUCAGAAUGGAACCGAUAUUACAUCCAAUUACCAUUACUAAAUGAUAUUCGGUUCCCUCGCAAGACAGUAGAAAGGUCAAGAAAGAACAUUGAAUUAUACGACUUUUAUGACGUCAGUGAGAGAGCGUGCGGAGCAUAUGUGUACCUUCGCAGUAUCAACUCUCGCGGACACAUCCAGACAAGACUACACACGGCGCAAUCAAAGGUGGCGCCGCUAAAAUCACAGAUCAUCCCGAGACUCAAACUAAGCGGAGCAUUGCUUAUCAACUUCCUAGUCUUCGGCAUAAGGGAGUCCUUAACGAUAGAUGUUUCUCGGAUCGUGUAUUGGACCGAUUCCACCAUCGUGCUCCAGUGGAUCAAGUCUUUACCACAAACAUUAGAAACCUUUGUGGCGAAUCGCGUACCUUAGAUACAGAUCAAAACCAACGUCGCCGGCUGGCAUCAUGUCACCACCGCCGACAAUCCAGCAGAUCUAAUUUCCCGAGGUCAGACGCCCAAGGAGUUCCCGCGCCCGAACAUUUGGAGAAACGGAUCCGAGUGGCUUAAGUAGAAAGAAGAAAAUUGGCCGAACUGGACCAUACUCUAUUGGGAAUUGGAGGAACUCCGGAGCCUCUUGCAGUCCGAUGACCACAAAGAAAGGGUGCAGACCUUUUCAGCUGAUCGGCAAAUACAAUGGCGCUUCAGUCCUCCUAAUUCACCACACUUUGGCGGCUUAUGGGAAGCCGCGGUGAAAUCAUUCAAACGCCAUCUCAUCCGCGUCGUGGGCACGGAGAUCUUAACCUACGAACACCUCAACAGCCUUGUGACUGAGAUAGAAGCCAUCCUCAACUCUGGUCCACUUACCCCGAUAUCGUCUGAUUUAAAAGAUCUGCCUGUCCUCACUCCCAGCCACUUUCUAAUCGGCGAUACAUUUACUAAUAUACGCGAUCGAGAUUUCAGGGCUACAGCAUCAAGUCGGAUAACCAGCUGGCAGCGUAUCAACCAACUCAAACAGAACUUCUGGAGCCGUUGGUACCGCGAAUAUCUUACCGAGUUGACCAGCCGUAAGAAGUGGAACGAGAGUAACCACAAAAUACGCGAAGGCACCAUUGUCAUUAUCAGGGAGAACAACGUUCCAUCAGUGCAGUGGCCCUUAGGCCGCGUAAUCAAGGUUCACCCCGGAGGUCGAUGGAAUAGUACGGACAGCUACCGUACAGACGUCAGCGAGCAUUCUGGAUGACGGCGUCAAAUGAUUGGUCCCCCUGCUCUGUCAACCAGAUCCAGACCAAGUCGAACGAGGGCACGAAGGAGCGCACGAAGAGGGCAGCCGAGGGCCCUAGCAGCGAGAGCGAGGGGCAAAAGGGAGGCAUCACCUCUGCCAGGGGGACGAAAGGAAAAGGCCCCGGGGACCCAACGGGAAAGAUUAUGGGUCCGCCACCCCCGCCUCUCCCACACCCCUGGUCAGCGCCGCGCCGCUACCGCUGUCCCGGCGGACUGGGGGUAGCACCAAUAAUAGGAAAGAGAACAAACCGAGACCCGGCGAGGUCUCGGCACACGGGGCGACAGCCGGCUAUGGCGGGUCGGGGAUAUGGAUAAGGACGUUCGCGGAGGUGGCCGCUCGGACCCCGGUGCGUCCCCGCACGAGGCGAGAAUCCAUGCGGGGAACGGGAGGUGAUGACGGAGCGCGGACUGUCACGAAAGUGAAGGGACGUACCGCCGGUGGACGGGACACGCGCGAGGAGAAAAUACUCGGCCUUCCCCGAUCCCCACGAUGUGUCGCGGUAUCGCUCACCGUGAGAGACGGUUCGGGUUUCACCUACAGAGAGGCGAUGUCAAUAGUGAGGAGGGAAAUUAAGUUCUCCGAACUUGACAUCAAUGAGCUGAGACUCAGGAAGGCAGUCACGGGGGCGAUGCUGUUCGAGAUCUCAGGCCAGGACGCUGGGAGUAAAACAUCCCGACUGGCCGAGCGGGUGGCGGCCACGCUGAAGAAAUUACCCGCCAAGGUAACCGUGCCGCGUAGGACAGUAAGAAUGACCGAACUGGAGAAAUCGGUCACCCCGGAGGAGGUGGCAGCCGCCGUUGCCGAGGCCGGGGGCAGCCGCGCCGACGAGGUCACUGUGGGACCCAUACGCUACGCUCCUCGGGGCCUCGUGUCGGUGUGCCUACGCUGCCCGCUGACAGCGGCCAGGAAAAUCAACAGAGGGGGGGACGCCCGAUUGGGAGGUAAAAUCAAUAUAGGUUGGUCAACGGCGAGGGCUACCCCUCUCCCGGCGCGUCAGCUCCAGUGUUUCAGGUGCAUUCAGUUUUGUCCGGCGUGGACGCGGCCGCGUCGCGAUCUCAUCGUGGAAAUCGGAUGGGACCUCUCGCCGCCGGCGAUCCUCGCGGCACUGUUGGCGAGCGAAAGAGGGAGGAGGGUCGUGAUCUCCUUCUGUGAGCAGGUUAUGCUUCGGAAGGAGGCAGCGGAGAGAGCGAGGGUGCGGAGCUCCCAGCUCGAGAGGAUUGACCGGCAGGGCCGCGGCAGACGCCGCGGGCACGCUUGGACAAGGCGCUCCAGGGCCGCCGCUCCCCCCGGUGGAGGUCAAACUUAGGCGCUGAUAGAUCAGCGUCUCCAGACCGCCAAGCAGUCCGGUCGGGGAACCAGACUGCCUUGCACGGCGGCUCCGGAGACGAUGCAUUCUGUGCGCGGGAGAGGCCCGGUGUGUCGCUCGCACCGGUUCCCGGACCUCUUUCGAUCGCAGCCGGGACAGUUAUCGUGGAGGUUUUAGUCGGUUGGAGUCCGGCACUACCACGCCGCUUUCCCCCCAAAAGCGACCUGGUGUCCGUGCGGAUCUCCUCCACAUACAAUCGAAUAAUCCCGUGGAGUGAAUGAUGCGGUGGAGAUAUGCACCUGACCCAUCACGCAGAGUUUUGAUCAGUGCCCUCUCAACGGGGGGAGGAUGUUACGUGUCGCAAGUCAUCUACAGUCCGACCCCUCAAUAGGCCGAAGGACCCACCAUAAACUUGAACUUUUAAAUUUAUUGUUUUCAUAUAUGAUUUAAGUCAAUCUGUUAACCCGGAAAGACUUUCUAAUCCUAGAAGUGUUUUCGGCUGAUUUUGAGAAAGGUCCUCAGGUUUAUUAUGCGCUCUUAAGAAUUACGGAGAAAGCGGGUAGUGGCCUAACGCAAAAAGCGGAGGUUUACCUAACGGAAAAUCUGGGUUUUCCCUUAAACAAAGACAUCAACUAGCAACAUUGGUAGGAGGUUCCGUCCCCUCUUAUCAAUCAUUAAUAUCGACUAACCAAUGGACAUCACAGAUCGUUGCCUUCACCGUACUAACGAAAAGUGUGAGCAACGAAUCCGUUUUCUUCACUCAAAAACCACACCCACACCGAGCUUUCCUCCGUAAUUGCAUGAGAGCAGAGUCAGUCUGUUCAAUCGCUACUUCUAUUACAACACGAGGGCCUUCAUCUAUCAGAGCAGUCGUACCUCAAAAUCUCGUCUACGCCCUUUAUCUCAUACAUAACGAUGUAACUCAUCAGUGUAUUAAGUGUUGGAAAUAUAAAUUUUAUAACCCUGUUAA